UCCCCCACCCCGGCGCCCGGGAGCCGCAGAGUCUCAGAGCUAAGCGGAGCUGCGGGCCGCGGAACAAAGCGGAGGAGCGAGGCGACCCGUGGCCUUUGUCUUGGCGGGGCGGGGCGGGUGUGGCCGCGGGGCCCCGGAGCGCAGAAUGCCGAGCACAGCCGGGCAGGCCAGGGAGCGCGGUGACGGCGGGCGGCGCGGAGCCUGGCCCGGGGCCCGCGUGGACUCGCGCGCCUGAAGGGCGACCCGGCGGCCGCACGUGGGCGGGAGCCGCUGGCCGGCGGGCGCGGAGCGGAGCAGCACCAGCAGCAGCAACAGGGAAGGAGGAGUAGGAGGAGAAGGAGGAGGAGGAGGAGGAGGAGGAGGAGGAGGGACGCGCGGCGGCGCAGCGGGGACCCGGGCGCGCGCGAAGCCCCGCCCCGCCCCGGCCGAGCCCCGCGCGGGCGGGAUGCCCCGCGGCCACCGCACUCGGGCCGGAGCGCCGCGCUGAGCCGCCACCCGCGCGCCAUGGAGCAGUGGCGGCAGUGUGGCCGCUGGCUCAUCGACUGCAAGGUCCUGCCGCCCAACCACCGGGUCGUGUGGCCCUCGGCUGUGGUCUUCGACCUGGCGCAGGCGCUGCGCGACGGAGUCCUGCUGUGCCAGCUGCUGCAUAACCUGUCCCCUGGCUCUAUCGACCUCAAGGACAUCAACUUCCGGCCGCAGAUGUCCCAGUUCCUGUGUCUGAAGAACAUCCGUACCUUCCUCAAAGUCUGCCACGAUAAGUUUGGCCUGAGGAACAGCGAGCUGUUCGACCCCUUCGACCUCUUCGAUGUCCGUGACUUCGGGAAGGUCAUCUCUGCGGUGUCCCGGCUGUCCCUGCACAGCAUCGCACAGAACAAAGGAAUCAGGCCUUUUCCCUCCGAGGAGACGGCAGAGAAUGACGACGAUGUGUACCGCAGCCUGGAGGAGCUGGCUGACGAACAUGACCUGGGCGAGGAUAUCUACGACUGCGUCCCCUGCGAGGACGAAGGGGACGACAUCUACGAGGACAUCAUCAAGGUGGAGGUGCAGCAGCCCAUGAAAAUGGGCAUGACCGAGGACGACAAGAGGAGCUGCUGCCUGCUGGAGAUUCAGGAGACCGAGGCAAAGUACUACCGGACCCUGGAAGACAUCGAGAAGAACUACAUGGGCCCCCUGCGACUGGUGCUGAGCCCGGCAGACAUGGCAAGCAUCUUUAUCAACCUGGAGGACCUCAUCAAGGUGCACCACAGCUUCCUGCGGGCCAUCGACGUGUCCAUGAUGGCUGGGGGCAGCACCCUGGCCAAGGUCUUCCUGGAAUUCAAGGAGAGGCUGCUGAUCUACGGGGAAUACUGCAGCCGUAUGGAGCAUGCCCAGAGCACGCUGCACCAGCUGCUAGCCAGCCGCGAGGACUUCCGGCAGAAAGUGGAGGAGUGCACGCUAAAGGUCCAGGAUGGCAAGUUCAAGCUGCAGGACCUGCUGGUGGUGCCCAUGCAGCGUGUGCUGAAGUACCACCUGCUGCUCAAGGAGCUCCUGAGCCAUUCUACUGACCGGCCAGAGCGGCAGCAACUCAAAGAAGCACUGGAAGCCAUGCAGGACUUGGCGAUGUACAUUAACGAAGUGAAACGGGACAAGGAGACGCUGAAGAAGAUCAGCGAGUUCCAGAGUUCCAUAGAGAACCUGCAAGUGAAGCUGGAGGAAUUUGGGAGGCCAAAGAUCGAUGGUGAGCUCAAAGUCCGGUCCAUCGUCAACCACACCAAGCAGGACAGGUACCUGUUCCUGUUUGACAAGGUAGUCAUCGUGUGCAAGAGGAAGGGCUACAGCUACGAGCUGAAGGAGGUCAUCGAGCUGCUGUUCCACAAGAUGACCGAUGACCCCAUGCACAACAAGGACAUCAAGAAGUCUCAUGGGAAAAUGUGGUCCUACGGCUUCUAUCUGAUCCACCUGCAAGGGAAGCAGGGCUUCCAGUUCUUCUGCAAGACGGAGGACAUGAAGCGGCGGUGGAUGGAGCAGUUCGAGAUGGCCAUGUCCAACAUUAGGCCGGACAAAGCCAAUGCCAACCACCACAGCUUCCAGAUGUACACAUUCGACAAGACCACCAGCUGCAAGGCCUGCAGGAUGUUUCUCCGGGGUACCUUCUACCAGGGCUACCUGUGCACCAGGUGUGGCGUCGGGGCCCACAAGGAGUGCCUGGAGGUGAUGCCGCCCUGUAAGAUCAGCUCUCCCGCAGACCUGGACCCCCCUGGAGCAGGACCAGGUCCCAAGAUGGUGGCUGUGCAGAAUUACCAUGGCAACCCUGCCCCGCCCAGCAAACCCGUGCUCUCCUUCCAGACGGGCGACGUGAUCGAGCUGCUGCGGGGUGACCCUGAGUCGCAGUGGUGGGAGGGGCGGCUGCUGCAGACCAGGAAGUCCGGGUACUUUCCCAGCUCCUCAGUGAAGCCCUGCCCGGUGGACGGAAGGCCACCCAUCAGCCGGCCGCCGUCACGGGAGACCGACUACACGGCCUAUCCUUGGUUUGCAGGCAACAUGGAGCGGCAGCAGACGGACAACCUGCUCAAGGGCCACGCCAGCGGCACCUACCUCGUCCGGGAGAGGCCCGCGGAGGCUGAGCGCUUUGCCAUCAGCAUCAAGUUCAAUGAUGAGGUGAAACACAUCAAGGUGGUGGAGAAGGACAGCUGGGUUCACAUCACGGAGGCCAAGAAGUUCGAGAGUCUCUCGGAGCUGGUGGAGUACUACCAGAGCCACUCACUCAAGGAGAGCUUCAAACAGCUGGACACCACGCUCAAGUACCCCUACAAGUCCCGGGAGCGCGCUGCACCCAGGGCCCCCAGCCGCUCCCCAGCGUCCUGUGCUUCCUACAACUUCUCUUUUCUCAGUCCUCAGGGCCUCAGCUUUGCCCCCCAGGGCCCUUCUGCUCCCUUCUGGUCAGUGUUCACACCCCGAGUCAUCGGAACAGCAGUGGCCAGGUACAACUUCGCUGCGCGGGACAUGCGGGAGCUGUCGCUUCGGGAGGGCGACGUGGUGAAGAUCCACAGCCGCAUCGGUGGGGACCAGGGCUGGUGGAAGGGCGAGACCAACGGCCGGAUCGGCUGGUUUCCCUCGACCUACGUGGAAGAGGAGGGCGUCCAGUGACCGCAGGGGCCCAGGCAGCGUUUGAGGAUUUUCUCGGGAGCGUGUCCCUAGCCCUGAAGUCUGUCCCUGGCUUCUCCGUGACUCCCAGGGAAGACGCCCACCAAGCCGCCUGGCAUGGAAAGCCUGGAGGGGUGGGAAGGGCGCCCGGAAUCCCGAUCUCAGACUGUUUCCCUGCCACUUGCCCCGGUGGCCUGCUGUGGGUCAUGCUGCUUGUACAUAGAGGAAGCUGGGCCAUCCCUGCCCAGCGUGGAUAGGUGGCCGGUGCCAGCCAUGCUGCAGACCGGGCCCUCGUUGGUGGCAGAGACCAGAGGCUCAUCGAGUUCCCCUCUGGAGGAGACGGCGCUCGGGUGUCUGGAAUUAAAUAGCAGAUGGUUCUGGGGCUGGGACAUCACCCGGCCCAUCUCUCAACCCCUGGACUCCGGCCCUGUCUCUGCUGCUCUCGGGGCUCCCAGCCCAGGGCAGCAGCAGGAACCAGAGCCAGGCUGUUUGCCAUGGUCCUGCUCAGCCCACUGUGCUGGGGUGCACAGGGAGAGAGCUCCUGGGGGCCCCCAAGUCCUGCUGGCUCCUGAGACUUCCCCCAGCAUCCCCGUUUCCCACCACACGGGGCCUGCAGACCCUACAGGGUGGCUCCUCGGGCGUGCUUGGCAGAGGCCCAAGGGAUGAUGACACUGCUGGCCCCGACCCUGGUCCAUGGUACUGUUCUCGGCCUUGCUGAGGACCCCUCUCCUGAGCCUGCUGCCCAGUGACAUGCCUUCUUUAGGGGGCCCAUCACCAUGCCCCACUGCCCACCCACUUUCCCUCUGUGUCCCACACGGGACUCCCGGGCUCUGCCAGCCUUCGUGAAAUCAGUUCUGCCCCAGGCCUGGUCUCCCUCCAAGGGCCACUUCGGUCCACUCUUGGGCCAUGGUGAACCAGAAAUAAGUUCCCUUGGGGGUGGCUGUACCCUGUUACCUCUCCCUUGUCCUCACUAUCCCAAGGCAAAACUUCUGGGCCCAGCCAGGCUUCUCCGAGCCCUGUGUCCUUGGCCAGCUGCACAGCCCCGGUCGAGGAGUGGCCAGGGCCGGGGUGGGGGUUUGCCCUGUCUGGGAACUGCACAGGCCCUGGGGGCCUCAGGUCAGUCAGGCUCGUAGCCCGGGCGCUGGGUUUGCAGGCCCAGCAGCCGGGCAGAGGAGGAGAACAGUGAGGGGCAGUGAAGAGUGGGCUCAGAGAAGGGGCGCAGGCCUUGGGGGUCAGCGUCCUGGUGCCUUGAGCUGGCCUAGGAUGGCAGGGAGCGCGCAGUCCCCGCAGGUUCACCGGUCGGGGCUUUCUUGCGGGUUUUUGUUCCUUUGUGUUUUGUUCAGCUCAUUUGUUUUUUUAAGAGAAAGAGAUGGUGAUUAUUUCCUGCGUCUCCCGUGCUCCCUCUGUGAGUCGGGGGAGAUAUUAAUGGCAGGCAUCAGGCAAUGGCUGUUUGUGCUCAUGGUGAUCCCCGUGUGUCAUCACAAUGGCAGAGAACACUGAAAAACACGAUCCAGAGCCCUGGGUUUUGUGAAUGUUUUGUUGUGUUUGUUUUGACCUCUGUGUUUAGUUUGGCUUUGUUUUUGCACUGUAUGGAGCAGGGUGGUGGGACCCCGGGAUGCAGGUGUGUCGGCAGGAGGUGGGACGCCCUCCGGAGGGCCGAGGACCUGGGCCCAGAUCAGCUGUGAACGUUUAGGAGCCCCUUGCAUGCGAGUCAGGGAUCUGGGGUCCGGCUGCCGCGACCCCAACUGAAACACAAAACUGUACAUUUUGCCAAUGGGUUUUUUCAGACCACGGUUUUUACUCCAAAUAAACCUAUGUUCUUUUCUGCUGGAA